GUGCUCAAGGAUGGGCCGGACCUGGCGUUGUUCGCGCACCCUGCGAUGCUGACGCGCCUGGCGACGUGGCUGACCGACGCGCUGCGCGACUCGAUCGACGCCUCGGCCGAAACGCUAUCACUGCCGCAGGCGGGCGAUGCGCCGCUGAGCAUGCCGUUCGUGGUGGCUGCGCUCGAUGCGAGUGCGCACACGUACCUCGUCGUCGGCGUCAGCGGCGCAACGGACUUUGGCGACGUACGCAGGAACCGGUUCGGCCUGGCGUUUCAGGAGGCCGCGCAGAAGAGCGGCGCGCGGACGGAGCACGACCGGUUCGAGACGACGGUGGUCGAGGUCGCUGCGCCGCACCUGAGCAACUUUAUCGAGGCGCUGCAUGUCAGAGCGUAG